AUGCCCAUCGGCAUCCAGCGGAUCAAUGCCAAAAAGUCACAUCCCAAUGAGCGCAUCAUCUUCAUCAAGCCCCUCCCGGGCCCCAACGAGAAGAUUGCUCGAGACUUUCUCGAACGCAUCGCUGCACAAUGUCUCCCCAUCAUGAAGGAUCACUCCCUCUCCGUCAUGUCUCUCGAGGAGUACGAGCCGAACCGCGAAUUUGUGGGCCGCAACUUCAACGCCGGCGAGGUCAUCCAGCUCGUUCUCAAGACCCGCGCCGGCCGCUGGCUGCCGUUUGAGUACGUCCAGAUGGUCAUGAUGCACGAACUCGCACACUGCAAACAGAUGAACCACUCGCGCGCCUUCUGGGCCGUCCGCAACGCCUACGCCGACAGCAUGCGCGCCCUCUGGUCACGCGGCUACACGGGCGACGGCCUCUGGGGCCGCGGUACGCUGCUCGCGUCGGGCGCCUGGGCCGGCGACACGGCGCCGCUGGGCGAGGGCCUGCCGGAGCACCUCUGCGGCGGCACCUUCCGGUCGCGCGGCCGCCGCAAGCGCAAGGCCAAGCAGCCGCGGCUGUCGUACCGGGAGCAGAAGGAGAGGCGCAUCCUGAAAAAGUUUGGCGCCAACGGCGUCGCACUCGGCGCCGACGAGGCCGUCAAGAGCGAGCUCGAGAAGGGCAGGAAGACGGCCGCCAAGCCGAGGGUUGCUGGCAGUGCGAGGGGCAGGGAGCUGCGUGCCGCGGCGGCGCUGGCCCGGUUUGGGCAGCAAAAGGUGGAGCAGCAGGAGGAGGAAGACGACGACGACGACGAGCGUCUUGCGAAGAGCGAGAACGUCAGCGAGGAUGAGAGCGAUUACGAAUAUGACGUGGCGGACAUCAAGCACGAGGACGCCAUCGAUCUCAAUGGGCAGAGACUCCUCGACAAGGAUGGACGCGGCAUGAUCAAGGUGUGCGAGGAUGAGAACCCGGACGGUCAAGAUGCGCAGCAGGAACUACAAGAGUUGCGGUCGGUCAAACAAUGGACGCAGACGUCUCUUGAUUUCCGAGGGCAGGUGGCAGGGCGGGAGCCACCACCUCAGCAACGGAGUCGCGAUGACUCGUCUCAACGUUCACAGCCCUCAGAAGAGCCAAAAGUGAAACGACAACCACUGACCAAGGCACCCACCACGAGGAUCAAACGAGAGGAAGCCGAAAAUGACGUCCCUUUAUCUACAGUGGAAAAAGCAACCAGUCCGAAGAUCAAGGCGGAAGAGGACACGGACAAGGGCUCUCCAGGCUCGACGAUCGACAAUGGCAUACAAGGGGAAACGACGGCAAGUGUGACGGCAUGCAGCGUGUGCUCGUUUGCGAACCCGGAGCUGUCGAUCACCUGUACUGUGUGUUCCAAUGUGCUCGAUCCAGACAGCGUGCCGAAUGCGUGGAGAUGCCAGAGUUCGUCUUGUAAGAAUAGCCGGUAUCUGAAUCCUGGAGACUUUGGCGUGUGCGGGGUGUGUGGACAGAGUAGGCGCUAG